AUGAACCUUUUCGUAAUAGGAUGCGCUAAAAACAAAACCAGCCACCGUUACGACGAUUCGCCGAAACGGACGCCGCCAUCAUACAGCGAAAUAGAGGCGAGCAACAAAUGCGUCUUCAACUGUGACACAACGACAAACAUCGAACCAAGCGCUCCAUCGGAAGAAGAGAUGACGACAUCGGGAUCUUCAAACAACAACCACUUUUUGGAUUGCCAAGUUAAGUCUAGCCACGCAUUCGCAAAUCAAUUAAAAGCCGUAGAUCGAAUAGUGACCAUCGAAUCGAGUUUAAACGGAUUUACAGAUGUAUAUAAGGUCGGUGCACUCAAGGGAUCAGAUAUCGUUGGAAAGCGGAAAACUCCGCCACCAUCCUACGAAGACAGUCUACAUAAUGAUUCUCAUUUUCCACAUUUAUAG